GGGGUUAAUGCUCUGCUUUUCCACACCCACAUCCAGGUCGGGUGGAGCCGCUUUAUAAAUACACCGUGCGGGGAAUGCGCAGAUUUCUUCAGUUCCAAGGGGAAAUCUCUGCUUUAUAAAUUCCUGUCUGUCCACUCCAAAAAAAAGGUGAGUCAGCAUGCCGUCUGAUCUGGAGAGAGCAAUGGAAACACUGAUCACAGUGUUCCACCGUUAUGCGGGCAAAGAGGGAGACAGCAACACGCUGAGCCGCAGAGAGCUCAGGCAGCUCAUGGAGGCAGAGCUCGCCAACUUUCUUAAGUCUCAGAAAGACCCAGCCACCAUUGACAGGAUGAUGCGUGAUCUGGACGCCAAUGGGGAUGGAGAAGUGAACUUUGAAGAAUUUGUGGCCCUUGUGGUCGGUCUGUCUAUUGCCUGUGAACAGUGUUACCAGAUGCACAAGAAAGCAACCGCUCAAAAAAAGUAAAAGCAGAAGAAGAAUAGCGUCAGAGUUGGAAAUUUUUUUUUUUUUUCUACUGAAUAUUAUUGUGUAUGCACCCCUUAUUAAAUGCAGGUGCUAACUA